UAGUCCGAGUGUGGAGCACGUAAUCUCCAUGGUUGAUCUACUUGGACGUGCUAAUCGGCUGGAGGAUGCGCUUGCGAUGGUGCAAAGCCUGCCUGUGGAAGAGGUGUGCUCCAGGAUAUGGAUGGCUUUGCUUGGGGCUUGUUUCAAGUGGAAAAAUGCGGUGAUUGGAGAGGUAGCCUUUGAUGCGUUAUCAAAGGUUGACGAUCAAGGUGGUACAGCUUAUGCUCUCAUGGCAAACAUAUACUCAGGCUCAAAUAAUGAAAACUAUGACAACCUUGAAGUGAUUGCUGGAUCUUUGUGCUGUCACUUCAAGACAUGAAGUGUGGACAGAGUUGGAUCUGAUGCUCCACUGAUGGUAAUUCCUGAAGCAUGGGCUUGCUUCAAAUAGCCAAGAGCCUCCUGCGAGACGAGCUCUCCACUCGAGGAAAGAGCACAGAAAUACCAGGUGGAUACGGGCACACGAGCUCAGCACUCGCUAGACCCACUGCUUCGUCAGCUUUGCAGCAGCACUCAGGGUCUGGAAUAAGGACCUAUUGUCGAUCUGGAAGAACUCGAAAGCUCUUGAAAGCCUUUGAUAAGUUUCUCAAUGUCGCUGCUGCUAGUGCUGGCUCCUAUAGCAAAAGUUAUGGAGUUCAGAAGAGGAAGCUCGGCCACCACCUCGCAUUUAUCACACAGAAAGUCAUCGGCAAGAGUUCCUGUGACUCCGAGCUCCCACAACCCAAUGGUGAUCCUAAGCUCAUAAAUAAUGGUAUCAGCUUUGGCUGCCAAGCUCACAUUUUCUCUAUCAAGGACUAA